AUGGCUCGGAGAUACAUGAUCCCGUGGCUAUAUGACCUUGGGGUGUGGAUUUUCACCCUCUGUCUGGACAUUUUCUUCCGCGAGGUCUACUCUCGCGGUGCAUGGCGGAUCCCCAAGCGGGGCCCCGUCAUCAUUGUUGCCGCCCCCCAUGCUAAUCAAUUCGUGGACUCGAUCCUACUGAUGCGCAUCAUGAAGCACUAUGCUGACCGUCGCAUCUCGUUCCUGAUCGCCGACAAGUCUAUGCGCGAACCUUAUAUCGGAACUAUGGCUGGAUGUAUGGGCGCGCUGCCCGUUGUGCGGUCGAUGGAUCAUGUCAAGCCCGCAAAGGGUGAAAUCUACCUCCCGGACCCAGAGAACGACCCCACCUUGCUCAAGGGACGCGGUUGCGACUUUACGAGUGAUCAGUUCAUGGUGGGCGGGACCAUUAUUCUCCCCCGCGUAGGCAAGUCGAGUCCCGAGCAACAGGCAAUCGAGGAGAUUAUAGAUGCGAACACGAUUCGACUGCGCAAGCCGUUCAAGACGUUCGAGAAGGACCACCCUCUCUAUGACGCUUUGCGUAAGGGAACCAACUUCAAGAUCGCUCCCCACAUCAAUCAGAGCAAAAUGUUCGAUGCGGUGUACCGCGAACUGAUUGCUGGUGGCUGCAUUGGUAUCUUCCCCGAAGGUGGUAGUCACGAUCGCCCCAGCCUUCUCCCGUUGAAGGCUGGUGUGGCUAUCAUCGCUUUGGGCACACUGGCGCUGGAUCCCAACUGCGGGCUGUCCAUCAUCCCGUGUGGUAUGAACUACUUCCAUCCGAACAAAUUCCGCUCUCGUGCCGUGGUGGAAUUCGGAAACCCUGUUCAGGUGCACCCGGAUCAGAUCGAAGCGUUCAAGGCUGGUGGAAACUCCAAGCGGAACGCGGUGGGCUCUCUCUUGGAAACGAUCACAGAGGCAUUGACCACUGUGACACAACAAGCUCCUGACCAUGAGACAUUGAUGGUCAUUCAGGCCACUCGUCGACUGUACAAGCCGCUCAGAAUGAAGCUGCCCCUUCCGGUCGUAAUCGAGCUCAACAGACGUCUCCUCAAAGGCUACACCCAGUUCAAAGACGAACCUAAGGUACUUCAACUUAAGAAAGCCAUCUCUGAUUACAACCGGCGACUUCGUGCUGUGGGAAUUCGCGAUCACCAAGUUGAAUGGGGCGACGUCAAGCACCGCCCCUGGUGGCUGGUUCUGGGCACCUUGCUCUACCGUGUCGGCGAACUUCUGACCCUGGCCGUUGGCACUCUACCCUCCGUCGCUCUAUUCUGGCCUGUCUUCGUCACCGCCAAGGUUGUCUCCGUGAAAAAGCAACGUGCUGCGCUUGCCAACUCUGUCGUGAAACUCGAGGGCCGUGACGUCGUCGGCAGCUGGAAGAUCUUGGUCGCCAUGGGUCUCGCUCCAGCGCUUUACACUUGGUACACCGUUAUUGUGACCAUCUGGUUACACUACUGCCGCCACGAUGGAUUCUACGCUUCUGUCGUCCCGUGGUGGAUGAACGCCCGGACUUACAUUUCCGACUCAAUCCCGCUGGCGCUCUUUUCCAUCUUCUUCUUCGGCCUCAUGAUCUCUGUCUCCUUCGCCGGACUCCGCAUUGGCGAAAUCGGCAUUGACGUCCUCAAGUCUCUGCCCCCUCUCCUCGUCGCCCUCAACCCUCGCUCCGCCAGCUCGCUCGCCAAACUUCGCGCCGAGCGCCAAGCUCUCUCUGCUAAAGUUGUCGACGUAAUCGACAACUUCGCCCCUGAAAUCUUCCCGGACUUCGAGUCCGAGAAACUGAUCGACCACGAACAUCCCGGAGACGAUACGUACCAGUCCCGCCUCAAGAGUAUGCCCCCCAGUGAACCCGAGAGCCGCAAUCGCAGCGCCAGCCGCAACGGACGCAGCCGGUCCCGCAGCGCUGGGUUCAAUCUGUACGAGACCUUCCUCAAACCUCUCAGCAUCAAGUCCAAGGAUGACCUCGGCGAGGUCAACCGCCGCAUUCGGGACUCGAUGCAGGAACGCGGGCGCCAGCGAGUUCGCGAGGAGUACGACCAAGACGGGGAGGAAGAAGUGGUUUCCUUGGACGGGUCCGCUAGCGUCGGUAGUGGCGAUGUAGUUGUUGUCGAAGAGAUGAAGAAAACGAAAUGA